UUCAGUUUGACUGACCAUGGCGGAACAGGUGAAGCUACCGAUUCCAGCGCUCCCAGGAACGGCUUACACAACCAAAUACACGAAGAGAAUUAAGACGGCUGAAGAAAAGAAAGCUGCCAGGAAAAGCAGCCAGGAGUCUUGCAAGACCCGCAUUUAUAUAGGAGUGGCCUUCGAUCGGUGGAAAAAUCUGAAAGUUUUGAAGGGGUUGAAAAGCGAUGCGCAGCUAGCCGUACUGCUUCUGGACAGCUAUGAGAACGAGACAUCUACCUUCAUGUCGUAUAAAGCUGGAAAGUCUACAUCAUCUCCACCACCUGUGUCAAGUGUUGACUGUCAGUCUUUGUCUGAAAGCGAUGACUUUCCCAUGGAAGAAGUAGAGGAGCUUGAGAAGAGCACCUUGUCUGCUACUGAACAGUUGGAACACAGCAUUGACUGGGUGGAUAUAACAUGGAAUCCGGAUGAGGACACAGAGGAUUUGUCCUCUUUAGAGGAGGGUGUCACUGAGGAAAUGGAUAGCGACACUGACAGUGAUGAUCCAGACUACAUACCACACAUUUGUGUGGAAUUACACCAUGAAUCACUGACUCCACCUUUAAUGGCUCAUACUGGAGAUCAGCCAUACCAGUGUGACGUAUGCGGCAAAAGUUUCUGCUACAGACAGGGUUUUAACAACCAUAAGAAGACCCACAAUGCCAAGCCAAUAGUACCCACCAGACAGUUAGGCAGACCCAGGCAGCUGAAUGGUCGGAAGAAGGCAAACGAGACCAAGACGAUCCCUUUGACUGACUCGGAUAGAGAAGACCUGACCUUGGAUCCUCCCAACCUUGGAAACAGUCCAAACCAUCACCGUGAUAACCAAGAAAAUCAUGCAGUAUCUAACAACCAGGUAUCUCAGUGGAACCACUGGGACACACACCCAAACUCAUCUUACUGGAAAGAAACGGAUGGCCACCAGCCCUACAACACUGCUGCAGGACCUGGCAUGAGUUGUAGUUCCCAGCACAAGGGGACAACAAAUGGUGAGCACCUUCAGGAGAGUUGUUUAACAGAACAAGCCCCUUGUCCUUCUGAGACCUCCCUGGUGGCACCAACACAUCCAUCUGAACCUGGGUUGAGUCGAUCUCAUCCAAAUAACACCAUAUCACCGAAUACACACUUCAGCAACAAGGAUACUGAGGUGAAAUACCAUGAUGAACAGAGACUCACAGGGCAGGUCCAGGAUCACAGCACAUCACCCACAGGAGAGGCUUGUAGUGGAAUGCCGGCCAAAGAGGAAACCAACACAUAUGAGGAGCCGCGUUCCCAGGGAACAGGCAAACCUAGAAAGAUCUAUGAUUGUUCCACAUGUGGAAAAGUGUUUUCUCACAAUGCUGACCUGCAACGACACCUUGUAAUACACUCAGGAAAAAGGCCUUUCAAGUGCUUGACAUGUGGGAGAGGAUUCACCCAGAGUGGAAACCUCAAAACCCACAUGAAGGUUCACAGAGGAGAGAUGCCCAUCGUAGUUCAGGUGCAAAGUUCCUCUAAAUCUGAAGAAACCCAGGUAAAAACCCAUGUUUGUGGCGAGUGUGGAAUGGACUUUCCUCAAAAAGAACAGCUCGAGGAACACCACAGGAUCCACAAGAAACCGUAUGCCUGUGCUGACUGCAACAAGAGGUUUAAAAACGAAUAUUAUUUUAAAUUGCAUAAGCGCAUUCAUUCUGGAGACUCCCCUUUUCUGUGUUCAGAGUGUGGAAAAAGAUUUGUCACAGCAGAUACUCUUAAAAAACACAAGUUCACGCACACUGGAGAGAAGAACUUCCGCUGUGACCUGUGCGGGAGGGCAUUCACACAGUCAUCGCACUUGAAUAUGCACCUCAAAACGCAUACUGGAGAGCGGCCUCACCUGUGCUCCAUUUGUGGUAAAAGUUACUCCAAAGCAUAUCACCUCAAAGUCCAUUCACGCGUUCACAGUGGAGAGAAACCCUAUUCUUGUGAGAAAUGUGGGAAGUGUUUCUAUUAUUCUCAAGGCUACCGAGCACACCUGGAGACUCACGAUAAGAAGCCAAAGCGGCCAACAAAACCAUUGGAAGAAUUAAGCCCCGCUCUGGUGCUGGUUGAAGAGGAUCAGCAAGAAAUAGGAGGCCUUAUCAACUCUGACGGAGAGGAGGUGGAAUUUUCCCAUCUCGAGAGUGCUACCUCCGGCAACGGGGAUCAGGAGACACCAUCAUCAAAGACAUUUGGUCAAAGUGAGAAUGGAAAAGCACAGUCAACACACACCUGCUCUGUGUGUGGGAAAGAUUUCCCUUACGCCUCUAAACUUCAGCGCCACUUACGGACUCACUCGGGAGAAAGACCAUUCCCCUGCUCUAUGUGUGAGAAAAGGUUUCCAGAGAAAGGACUGCUCAUGAUUCACGAACGUGUUCACACAGGAGAAAAACCAUUCCCUUGCACUUUCUGUGAGAAGAAGUUUGCCAGCCAAGGGGAACUGAGACUACACCGGCGGACACACACCGGCGAGAGGCCUUACCAAUGCACCAUUUGUCCGAAGAGCUUUUCUCGUCAUUGGCACUUGAAAACACACCUAGAUGCAAUGCACUGCGAAAUUGUCGCUGGCUUCACGAGGAAAAAGUUUCCUUGUUCUGAGUGUGACAAGAGUUGUAACUCAGCAGCAGAGCUGAGAGAUCAUAUAAGAACUCAUACAGGGGAGAGGCCCUACCAGUGCUCCUACUGUGACAAAAAAUUUGCCUUGUCAGGUACGCUGGUGAGACAUGAACGUCUCCACACUGGAAUUACACCCUACCGCUGUUCUGACUGUGGUAAGACGUUUGCGCAGCAGUGGACCUUAACAACACACAUGCGGACACACACAGGAGAAAAACCUUAUUCUUGUACCCAGUGUGACAAGUCUUUUAUCGCCCCGGGAGAACUACGCAGGCACACCAGGAUUCACACAGGCGAAAAACCUUACACCUGCACAGACUGCGGGAGGAACUUUUCUUUAGCAGGAACUCUAAGAAACCACAAACGGUCCUGUACUCACGCCAAGAAUGGACCCGCCACAAGCCCCAUUUCAAGCUCAACUCAAGCUACUCGUGGAGAAUCCUCUCAGCAAGAGGUGGCCAAGGACAUUAGCUCUGAGGUCUCAGCUGAUGAGAAUGCACCAAAUGAAGCGGAGGCCCAUUCCUCAGAGGUUCCUAACUGUGACAAAGCAUCACAAUGGAAUGAUAAACCAGAAGACCUGAUGGAGGAUGACUCUUCUAGUCCACUAAUGAAUGUCAUAGUAAAAGAAGAGGAAGAAGAGGAGCCUUUAUGUGCCGAAAUUCUUGACCAAAUCCCAGUUAGUGAGGAAAAUUCCAUGCCAGGGGAGCUUGAACAACACCAAGAGAGCAACACAGAAAUUCAAAUUACAGUGAAAGAAGAAGAAGAACUUGUCAAUAUCGCCGAGGUUACGGAUGAUGUUGCUGAUACUGAGGUGGGCAGUCCUCCCCCUGUAGCACACCAGAAGUUGCAGAAAAUUAUGACCAAGAGCUUCUACUGCUGUGGAUUGUGUGGAAGAGACUGUCACAAGUUGUCUGCACUGCAAAUACACAUGAGAAUUCACUCAGGAGAGAAACCUUAUCAGUGCAACCUUUGUGGGAAACAGUUUACCCAGAAAGGUCAGCUCAAAGGCCACCAAAAAGUCCACACAGGAGAGAAACCUUUUUCUUGCCCUGACUGUGGGAAAUGUUUUGCACACUCAGGGGCAAUGAACAGGCACCGCCUCACACAUACAGGAGAGAGGCCCUAUCAUUGCUCUGUAUGUGAGAGAAGUUUCAACCAGUCUGGUCGCCUGAGGGAACAUUUGAAAAUUCACUUGGGGGAAAAGUUUGACUGUCCUGAGUGUGAGAAGAGUUUCACUCGAGCAUCAAGCCUUAAGAACCACUUCAGGCUCCACACAGGAGAGAGGCCCUAUGGCUGUGACAUUUGUGGGAGGGGCUUUAGUCGCUCUCAAAGCCUUAGACUCCACAAACGAAAACAUGACCUGGUUCAGACUGAGGAAGAUUCAGCAUUUAUUAUGAAAAACGAAGAAGAUUCCUCACAGAGUGACACUGCUUCUCCAGGUGAUGAGACGUGUGACAGAGCAAAAUGACUGAAAAUACUAGGCUAGGAUAUAUAAACUAGAACCACAAAUAACUAAAGAUCACAGUUUCUAAGAUUUUAGGCAAAACAUAAGAAGAAUAUGAAUUAAAAAAAGGGAUUGGUUGCAAGAAGCACCUCUGAAAAGCCAACGAGAGAACACUGUUUUGCCCGGAAAUUAUGCUUUGCCAACAUGUUUUUCCAGACGAGGUACCCAAAAAAAGAAAACAGUUGGAAGCUAGCUAGUUAUGCUCCAAAAGGGUCAAAAGGCUCAAUAACCUGGCAGCAGGCAAAUCCCAUGUGUCUGGCUAAAUUGUUUGGUUAGCUAAUGUUCAAUAAUCAAAUAAUAACAGCAUUAGAGAAAACAAUUAAAU